AAGUCAUCCAACGAUGGCACAAAAUGUGCCUGAAUUUUCAAUGACAUCAAGUGCGCAAUCGGCAGCAAUAUUAACGCCACCGCAAUUUUAUACGCCAGGAAGCCAACCGCAAUCUGUAAUCCCACCGCCAAUGACAGGUCCAAAUAUACCAACACUCCCAAAUAUUCCAUUAUUUCCAAAUACCGCAGUAGCAUCGUCAUCUAUAUCGGCACAACCACAGAUGAGUGCUUCCACAGAUUUACAAAAUCAACCUACCUCAGGACUUUCUGCUCAAAGUGUAACAUCAGCAGCUGCGCCACAAAUAUUUAAUCCUAAUAAGCAUGUAUCUUUAUUAUCGAAGGAUAUAACAAACGAUCAAUUGCAACAAAUGUUGUCUCCUGCAGCAGAACCACCUAAAAUCCCAGAACCACCGAAGGCAUCGUGCAACACCAAUUUCAGGAUGACGAAGAAAAGGCCACAGUAUUACUCCGGACCUAUUGAAGGUGUCGGUGCUAUUAGUAACAAUGUAAAACCUACUCUAACGCCUGUACCUACGACUGCUUUUCAAGGUGCCGUCUUUACACCAGAAAUGAAUGCAGGGCAAGCAGAACUGUUUACUCCUGAGAAUGUAACUGAAAAUGUGUCAUCGCAUGGAGCUACUUUGCCCCCAGAUAAUAAUGAAUAUCAACAGCAAUAUUAUAACUUUACACCUGUUGAUAUUAACCAAUCAUCAAGCAAUAUCAAUUAUCCAGCAUCUGAAGCCUCCACUUAUAAUUAUAACACUGCGUUUGACUUGUCCCGGCAAGCACCAGAUGCUUAUGAACCGCCGAAACAAGAAUCCGCAUUUGGCAUAAUAGGCUCUCUUAAAUCUAAACUAUCUUCAAUAGAUAUAAACAAGCUACAAAAUAGCGUGACAACUUUCUUUGAUCCUGGAUAUAAUAUGGUAAAAUCGGAGACGGCUGAAAAUACUCAAUCUGACUACGGACAGAAUCAAGGAUUAGAAAUAUUCAUAGCUAAUCCUGAAACGCAGGUGCAACCUUAUAAUUACGAUGUACAUCAACAUAAUUUUACUUAUGGACAAGGUUCUAUACCUAACGCCAGUGAUUAUUAUAAUCAACAAGUUCAUAAUGUUUAUUCUACUGCUAGCUAUUAUUCGCAACCAACUUACGGCACACAAAGGUAUAGCCAAACCAAUUUGCCAAUUCAGCAAGGUCAUACCCAACCUCCCAAAAAUACUGUCGUAAACACCGAAACUUCACAAGGAGUGAAUCUAUGGGGCUCUUAUGACCCUACUAGAAGCGGCUAUAAUAAGGAUUUCGCCGUAGAUAACAGCAAAGUUACUCAUGAACCAACACCUGCCGUAGAAACCGAAUCUUCAAAGAGAGCUACUAUAUGGGGUCCUUAUGACCAAACUAGUACUAAUUAUGAUAAAGACAGUGUACCUAACAGUACUCUACAACAAACAUCUGCAAUUGAGCUUAAUGCUUCACAAGUGACUAAUGCACAGACUACACGUAACCCAAUUGGUUAUGGAUUUAAUAAAGAUAAUACAGCAGACAACAAUAGCAUUACUCAUGAGCAAACAUCUAUCGUAGACACUGAUACUACACAAAGGGCUAAUGCACAGAGUACGUAUGACCCUACAAUUACAACAAUUAGUUCUGGUUCAAAUAAAGAAAAUGUACCAGAUAAUAAUAGCAUUACUCAGGAACAAGCAUCUAGUGUCCACACAGAUUUUCCAGAAAGAGCUAAUGUGCUGGACACGUUUGAUUCUGUUUUUAGCACUAGUUACGAUAAAGAUUACGCGGCACAAUUUAGUAAUAUUACUCAGGAAUCAACGUCUGCUGUGGAUUUCAAAUCUGCACAAGAAGUAAAUAUAUGGGGUAGGUAUGACCCUGUCAUUUCUGGUUAUGAUAAAGAAAAUGUAUUAGAACAUGAAACAGGUAAUGAUGGUACUGGUGCUUUCUUCCAAAGUCAGCUAGAAAGUGGCAUUCCGAAAAUGCUUGAAAUGUCAAGUGCAGAAAAUGUAGCAGAAGCUAUUAAAAGUCUGCAGAUCAAAGACGACGAAAAUACAAAUCUAGAAGAGAUUGGUUUAGAGGAAAAUCAAAAUAUGCCAUUGAAUAAAUUAUCACAGCCAAUUUUAAUAGGUAAAAUUGAUAUAUCGACUCCUAAUCUCGAUGAAAAUAACGAGUUGAAGAAAAGUGGUGAUAUAAAUUACGUAGAUAUGUUCCGAAAUUCGGAUAUCCCUGAACUACCCAGUGCGUUUGAUGCGCCAUUACAGAACCCUUUUUCAAAACCUCAAGAGAUAUCGGACAGUGUUAGUGAAGGAUGUGUUUCUUGGAAUUCUAAUGAAGAAGAAGUGGACGAUCAAUCAUCUGCUGACCGCCUUAUGUCAUUAGCCAAUGAGGAAUUUGACGAUGAUAAUUUGUGCGCGGACGAUAGUGAUCAAGAUAAUCUAGAUAUCUGUGUAACUUGCAGGGAAGUAAACCAACCUGUGCAGGCGCAACCCGCGCCAGCAGAAAAUUUAACUCACCAAAUGAUUAAAAAUAUAACUGCUCCCAUACAACUUUCAAACCCGGUUGAAGUUCCAUUGACCGAAACAGAAAUAAAUCGAGAUGUUCCAAAUGAAUUUGACACAAUCAACCAAUGCGCAGAAAUAUCGCUGAUUGCUGAUGAAACUAUAGAAACUUUGCAAAUACAGUCAGCUUCAGAUUUGUUGGAUGAAACUGAAAGCACCAACAUUGAAGGAAGUUACGGUUGGCGUGUUGAAGCUCCGUUGCCUCCCGGCGAAGAUCUUUUGGACCACGAUUAUACUUUUAAAACAAAGUCCAGCGCUAUAGGAUCAUUUGCUAAUAAUAACCUAUUCUUUGACAAUUUAUCGAACUACAGUGACAUAAAAACUGAGUUAAAUGUAGCUCAGAAGGAGGCUCCCAUAUUGCUGCAAAGUCAGAUGAGUAUUCCUAGCGCCCCACUGGCAGAAGAUUCAGAUGAUGCUAAAUCAGACGAAACGGGUGUGCUAGAUGUUCAGUCUAUAGAACAAGACGCAAGCAAAGAUUUUCCGGUUUUUGAAGAAUAUGUUAUUGAUCCAUCUGAGACAGAAGAUGACAAGAUAGAAUUUAAAGGUCAAGGCGACGAAGUAAAAGACACUUUUACCAAUAGGGUUGAUAGAUUUAAAAAACUUGAAGGAAAUGAUGAUGCUACAGAGAAAAAUGAUUUUGCUAAUUUGUCAAUUUCUAAUACGAUGAUGCCUUCGUAUUUUGACACAGGUAACUAUGCCGUUGAGACUCAUGUCAAAAAUUCACUUAAAUCACCGACUAUUGCAAGGAUACCGCCAGGUUUUGAGGAUCAUUAUGAAUUAAUGCCAAAGGGAAGGGAAAAUCAACGUGGAAUUUUAAAAGUUCCUGAAACUUCGACACAAACAAGAACAACUACAACAGCUAGUAUUGCGCACACAAAGACUGAGAAUUUGACAUCUACUGUUGUUUCCAAUAUUACACCUUUAACAAACAAACCUACAAACAUACAAAAACCACAGUUGGAAACAAGACUUCCUGAUUUUACUGGUGUUUUUGGGAUAGACAUAAAACUUGCUGAUAUUAGUGUAACUGGUGCUGAGAAAAGUAUAGAACCUACAAAAGAACAUACCUCUGUUAAUCCUCAAGCUAAUAUUGAAGAUAAGGUGCAGGAAAAUAAACCCGUACCAUUACCAGACCCUAUGAAUUUCUUCGCACCCUCAACACAAGAACCCGAAACGACAGAAGGUGUGAAUAGACUGGCGAGCUAUUUUGCGGCACCAGCUAAAACUAACAUUACGAAGUCUUUUUUUGAAUUAAGUCAAGGACAAGACCAUUAUAGACAACAUGAGGAAAUCAAAGGGAGCAAACCUUUUUUUGAAUUAAGUCAAAGUCAAGAUCAUUAUAAAGAAAAUAUUUUAAACAUUCCACACGAUAGAUACAUAGCGAACUUAAAUCUUAUGAGUGACUUGACAUCCCCUCAAAACGUAGAGCCUAAUAAAGAGCAAAUAGUAAGAACAGUCAACUAUUUUACUGUAGAAUACGACCACGACACACUUAAUUUUAACAAAGGUGAACCUAGUCUCAAUACUAUAAAACAAAACAUAAAUAACCAAGUUUGCAACCAACCAGUUGCCGUGACAGAAAAAAACGAAAUAGAAAAAGAGGAAACCAUUGUAAAUGACGAAAUAUUAACAGAAAUUAUAAUGAAAUGUAAAUAUUGUAAAGAUUUAAAAGCGGGUCCCGUUUUGACGAUUAAAGAUAUAGAUUUAGACAUAGACCAGGUCAGGUUUAGACAAGCUAUGGACGGUGCUAGCAGUCCUAAGAAGGAAGUGGAUAUGGAGCCAAGAAAAGAUAAAGAGCGGUCAGUCAACGUGAGGAUGGAUGACAUGGCUUCCGAUGGGGAUAAUAGCGAAGGGCUAGCUAUGAUGACCGAGAAUCGCUCAUCGAACGAGUACGAGCCGGUAAAACACCACUGGUUCUACCGAGUGGACUGCGAAGAUAAGUCGACGUGGCGCGGAUUCUCUGUCACGGAUUCAAGGGCCAUAGAAAACGCGUUCCAGAGCCCUAAUAUAAAUGAGAGUACGCUGGUUCCGACGGACGGAGGCAGAUACGAUGUGAACGUGAUUGGACGACUGAGGAUAGCUGUUUAUUGGACGGACAAGCCAACCAAUGUCAGGAGAUGUAGCUGGUUCUAUAAGGGCACCACUGACGCACGGUAUGUGCCCUAUACGGAGGCGGUGGCUGAAAAAUUAGAGGUGGAGUACCGUCACGGCAUAACGACAGGCGAAUGGCACCGCCGUCUAUUACUACCCAACAACGAGCUGGUAGUGAUGCACGGCCCUGCAGUCAUGGUGCAUUUCCUGCAGGCCGGCGCCUCUGAUGCGUUCGGUGCACCCAAUCAAUCAACCAUGCGUCCGCGCGUCGUCCGCCGCGGCAUCGACGAGUCAGAGAUCGAAGACUCGGAACCGUCGAGCAUCGACCACCUGCUGUUACUCUGCCACGGCGUCGGCUCCGCCUGCGACAUGCGGUUCCGAGCCGUCGAGGAAGUUGUGGAUGAUUUCCGAGCGACGAGCCUGCAACUGUUGCAGUCGCAUUACAGGAACUCUUACGACAACGGAGCCGUCGGCAGAGUUGAGGUGCUUCCGAUCUCGUGGCACGCGAGCCUGCACUCGGGGCCGCGCGGCGUGGACCGGCGCCUGGCGCGCGUGACGCUGGCCUCCAUCCCGCGCCUGCGCAGCUUCACCAACGACACCGUGCUCGACGUGCUCCUCUACACCAGCCCGCACUAUUGUCAGAUGAUCCUAGACACGGUGUGCGGCGAGCUGAACCGUAUCUACACUCUGUUCAUGUCCCGCAACCCGGACUUCAAGGGGCGCGUCUCUCUCGGCGGACAUUCUCUAGGCAGCGUCAUUCUAUACGAUCUGCUGUGUAACCAACCGAUCCCACGGAACCCCGUGAAGCCUCGCAGCGAGAAGACAUACAUCAGCGGAACGGCAGCCAAUAAUCCCACAAUGCAGUACCCCACUCUAUGCUUCGAGCCUUUGGCGCUGUACGCCCUGGGGAGCCCUAUUGCCAUAUUCGAGUGCAUCCGUGGUGUGGACAUGCUAGGCAGCGAUUUCUACCUGCCCACGUGCCGCAAUUUCUUCAAUAUCUUUCACCCUUACGACCCCAUAGCGUACAGGCUUGAGCCUUUGGUGAACCCCGCGCUCCAAGAUGUAAAGCCUUCGCUAAUACCGCACCACAAGGGAAGAAAACGAAUGCAUUUAGAAUUGAAAGACACCAUGGCCCGCGUGGGGGCGGACUUGAAGCAGAAACUGAUGGAGUCCAUCAAGAGCACCUGGUCCUCCAUGUGGCCCUCGGCCGCCCCGCCGGACCACCAGCUCGAGAAGGUUGUGGAAGAAGAGAUAGAAAAAGAGCAGCUAGAGGAAGAGAGUUCGAAGGAUGAAGUGGUCCAGCCUGAUGUGACCCCGGGCGAGAUGCUGGGCCGGCUCAACAACGGACGCCGCGUGGAUUACGUCCUCCAAGAAGCGCCUUUUGAGAUGAUCAACGAAUACAUCUUCGCGAUGUCCAGCCACGUCUGCUAUUGGGAAUCGGAAGAUGUGAUGCUUCUCAUUUUACGUGAGAUCUACGACUCGAUGGGGGUCCAGCCAGAUGUGACCGUCCCGCAGCAGAGCAUGACUGUUCAGAGGACCACUAUAGUUGCCGGUGGUGAGAGGAUCGUGACAACAGAUGCAUCUACCAGUCGGCUGCCGUAGCUAAAAAAUAUUCUGUGGAUUGCAUAAUACCUAUUUAUAAUUAUAGCAAUAAUACAAAUAGCAAAAUUUCCAACCUUAUACUUUUUUUAUCAUUAGAAAAAACUCUGUAAGAAGCUAACAGGAGUUUUAUCGGGCACUUUAAGCGUAUAAUAUAAUUAACUUAAUACUUAAUUAAAUCAUUUCAGUUACAGUUAAAGAAUAUAUGUGACGCCCCACGGGUAAAGGUACCUUAUGACGGUUGGCGCUUACGCUAUUAUUAACGCCGCUCCAAUAUUGUUGCGGUGCUAUGCGACGUAAGCGCCAACCGCAUUUAGGUACCUUUUCCCGUGGAACGUCACAUAUUUCCUACUCAUUUUGUACGUCACAGUGACAAUAGUAUGAGUCUCCAGCGACUUUCAUAUUGGUCACUGUGACAAUGUACGAAAUGGGUCGGAUUUUAUAGCCAGACCGUAAAAAGUCUGCAGUGAUUUUGAUAGCCCACGCAGUGCAAGUGUCAUUUUAAACGUCAAACUUCUAUGAAAUUGUGACGUAUAAAUAACACUUACAAUGCGUGGGCUAUCAAAUCCGCUGCAGACUUUUAUUGGUGCGACUCUAAUUUCUUUAAUUGUACAGUCAGCAGCAGAAGUUGCUAAGCGGGCGAGUUGUUCAAAAUUACCUUGACACGCUCUUAUCCUCUUAACAGUAAAGUCAAGAUGAUUGUGAACAUCUCGCCUGCUUAGCAACUUAUGCUGCUGACUGUGCCAUGAUUAUAGCUUAUUAUUUAUUUAAAUUAUUUUUACCGCAUAAAAUGCCUGAUUUAGAAUCGGAUGCUUACUUCUGUGGAGUUAUUUCUAUUAUAAAAAAAAAACUAACAUUAUUAUUUUACAUUAUGGAUACUGAAUUGUGAUUCUAUAACUGGAAAAAUAGGGUUGGUUUGUUUAUGGCGAUGAAUUCUCUUUGUUUGAGGCUCGCAAAUGCAAAUAAAAAUAGUUAAUACAAUAUAAAUUUAUAAUAAUAAUUGUACGAAUACUUAUAAACAAAACGAGACAUGACCUCGUAGAUAUAAUAGUCAUAACAGUAAUACUUCGUGAUCACAGAUUUUUUUUUUAAUUUAAAUUUUCAGUUUAAAAUUAUGUAUUUACAAAAAAUGAUUUUCCAUCCGUGGUCACCAAAUAGAAAAAGUAAAAUAAACGGUGUAUCCCAUAUUCAAUAUACUUAUUUUAUUUACAUAUAUACUUAUAUAUAGGUACUUAUGUACAGUCAACGGUAAAAAUAUGGGUGUAGACAACUUACUCAAAAAUAUGUCCCAUAGUUCUUAAUUCACUGACAUAAGUGUUAUGGGACAUAUUUUUGAAAUGAUUUGUACACCCAUAUUUUUACCGUUGACUGUACCUAUAUAAAAACAGAAUAACAUGGAGGUCAAAAACAUGUAUUCGCGCUCAAAUAGUUUCAUUAAAAAUAUAUUACUUAUUUGUAUUACGAUACAAAAUUGUGAAUAGUUAAAUAAUUUUGGUAAAAAUUGUUUUGAAAAAAAAAGGAAAAAAUAUUAUUAUUUUUAUAAUAAGAAAUGUUGUCUCAGCUGGUUCCAAUAGGAAUGUUGACUAAAAGUCAAAUCCAGUUAUUCUUUCCUCUAUGGAGAAUGAAAAAAAAAGAGAAACUAAGCAGUUACGUAUCUGGCUUGUACCUAUUUCAAAUUACCUAAUCUUAUUUCGAUUUAUUCAAUAGAAAUUCUCCUCAAAUAUUACUGAUAUUUUAAUAAUUUUCUUGUGCUAUUUCUUGCAUGGUUAUGAACUAAGGUGCAUUUAGGUAAUUCCGAAAAUCAUUCAUUAUUCCAUAACUAUUGUAGUCCAUUUUUAGAAUAUCCCGGCUAUUUGAAGCAUUUGGAAUUACCUGAAUAGACCUUACAGUCAACAUCCCUAUUCAAGUGAAGUAGGUUCUUAACCACUUGACCGUCCGACGAUAGCAUAGUAUCCGAAAAAAAUAUGCUCUUAACCGUCCGCGGGAACCUUACUAUCCAAAGGGGUGGAAGAAAGAAUUGAUUUCAGAGCCAUCUAACGGAAUAUUUCGGCAUUGUUUACUAAUUCUCUUGAUGCGACAACGUAGCCUAACUAAAUAGUUAGCUCUAAAAAAAUUUAGAUGGCAGUGUAGUUAUAAUUUUUGUAGAAAAUUGUGAAUGUGCAGCGCGGGGCGUGCGUCGCUAAAAAAACCCGGACGGUUGACAGGAAAACAGUCUAGCGGGCCGGACGGUUGAGUGGAUAAAAAAAUUUAAUUUAGACUAUUUCAUCGCUGUUUAAAUUUAAUUUUAGCCAAUAAUACGGGUAAAAAAAGAAGUUGUAAUUUAAAUUAUUUCUGUAUAGCUAUUUGUAUGAAAUAUUAAUGAUAUUUCAAUGACGACACCCGAGAAUAAGGCACUACAACUUAGCAGCAUAAUAAAUAUAUAAACUGAAUUGUUGUAUAAAAAUAUGUCAACAAAUGGUGACAGCUCUUUGUGAAAUUGACGUGUUUUCGAACGAAAUAAAAGGCGCUCCAUACUAUUUAAGGACUAGAUUUACUAUUAAAAAAAAAUAUUCUUCGGUUAUUUAUUUAUUUAUGUUUGUACACAACUAACAAUAUUUUUGUAUCCCAGACACUAAAGUUUGACUUUUUACAUUCUGGGAUAUAAAAACAGAGUGUACAUAGCGUUAGAAAAUAUUUUUGAUUUUAAUAAGUAGGUACAUAUUCCUUCCUCACAUUUGGAAGAAGAGGAAAAGCUUUUUGAUUAGGUUUUUUUUUAAAUUAUGCAAAAAAAAUGGAGCCCCUAAACGUGUUGUAUAUAAUGAUAUAUACAAGCAUGUACCUACAGUGCAAUUCAUUGUAUACCUACUAACAAUUAUUAUGGAAUAAAGUUUAUAUUUUACUUAAUAA